CUACUUGAUACAGCAGAGCAAAACGUGGAACGACUCGCAGACUUACUGCAGAGCCACGUACACCGACCUGGCUACCAUCGAAAGUGACGCCGACAUGCUCAAACUUCAGAACGAAGCUCUGAAACAACAGUUCAGUUCUGAUGCCUGGUUUGGACUUCACAAAGAAUUGCACGACUGGCGCUGGUCCAGCAGUAAUGGGCCACCAGGAACCGUGAACAAGUGGGCUAAUGGUGAACCAGACAAUAAGCAAUACCAGGAAGAGUGUGGGUUUAUGGAUGACUCUGGUACUUGGGGGGAUGCAGCCUGUGCAUUGUCAUGGCCAUUUUUGUGUUAUGAUGGGACAAAAACUGGUAGCGGCAAGUACGUCUACAUCUUUACCAGUAAGACCUGGUUUGACGCUCAGAGCUACUGCAGGCUGCACUACACUGACCUGGCCAUCAUAAGAGAUCCAACUGAAAAUUCCCUCCUAGGUAUAUUAUUCACGUGGAUGACUUGGAUCGAUCUGUUUAGGACCACCUGGAAGUGGCUAGACCAGACCAACCUGGCCAACAUCACCUGGAAGUCUGGACAACCUGAUAAUUCAUUAUCACUUGAAGACUGUGGUUAUUUAUCUAAUUUUCAGGCCGGUGAUGCUCGGUGCUCGGACCUCAAACCUUUCUUCUGUCAUGGAAUUAUAACAGGCCAGAAGCAGAUCCUGAAGUUCAAGGUUCGGUCAGAUCAGGACGUGAACGAUCCUGCAGUGCAGGCAGCAUUACUGGAGAAGGUAGGUCUUAUUUUCUACUCUCAAGGUUCUUGCUGCUUCAUUCUCCAAUGA